AUGGUGUAUAUUAAUAUUUACAUUGGGACACAACCUAUAGCGACUUUUCGGGGGUUUUUGAAUUAUGGAUAUUGUAAACUCAAGAUUAGGGUUAGAGGAGGAGCUAGGUCAAAGUUUGAAAUGGCUGGGAUAGGAUCAUCAAGAAACAACGAAGAAGACAAUCAACAAAACACAAACUGGGUUUGGUACAGAAACACCAAUAAUAACCCAAGUACGAGCCACAACAAUCAGAUAUGGCAGCAGCCAAGCCUCGAUCUAUAUCCGGGUCAGAUGGACGUCUGUGAUUUGACCACGUCAUCCAGAUCCCUAACCAUAAGCUGUCAAGACUGUGGAAACCAAGCCAAGAAAGGGUGCACGCAUGGACGGUGUAGAACUUGCUGCAAGAGCCACGGGCUCCACUGUCCUACUCACGUGAGGAGCACGUGGAUCCCCAUCGCCAAACGCCGCGAGCGGCAGCAGCAGAUACAGACGCCAAUCUCCAACCGAAAUGGCGGUGGCCACAGAGUUGGGAACAUCCCAACACCGUAUAGAGAGAUUGAUCAACCGGCUAACUCAUCAGAGAUGGGAGAGGCAACAUUUCCAGAUGAAGUGAGCUCGGAUGCACUUUUCCGGUGCGUCAGAAUGAGUGGUACCGAUGAUGGAGAGGGCCAAUUCGCAUAUCAGACGACGGUGGGCAUAGCUGGUCAUCUCUUUAAGGGAAUUCUAUAUAACCAAGGUCCGGAAAACAUGUCCAUGCCUUAAAAAAUUUCAAUUUUCUUUUUAUUUAUUUUUUUGUAUGCAAUGUUCUCUAUAAAAACUUAAUUUUUUUUAUACAAGAUCAUCCAGAACUCAGUAUUUAACAAAUGAAGUAACUCUGUGAGUUGUUAUGUUAGAGAGAAUACAAUAACAUAUAUGCUUGGACUGCAA